CCAGGGGUUGGGUACAGUUAAUCACCAUAACCGCCAUUUCACAACCUUCAAAAUAGCUCCAAUUUUCUUUAAUAGACAGCUUUAAUGACUGCCUCCUAAAAACUAAACUUAAUUUCUUUCAACAAUGGCUUCUUCAGCUAUAACCUCAAGCUCCACACCUUUCAUCAACAAGAAAGAUGUGGGUUCAUCAGCUUUCUCAUCACAGCCUUCAUUUUCCAUUCAAACUACCAAGAAGAACAUGGGUUUCAAGAAAAUAAUCUGUGUGAUGUCACCAAAGCAUACUGAAAGGAAACCAGCCACCACUGGCUCACUUAAGACUGGGAUGACUAUGACUGAGAAGAUAUUAGCUAGGGCUUCUAACAAGCCUGAAGUUACUCCAGGUGAUAAUGUGUGGGUCAAUGUUGAUGUCCUGAUGACCCAUGAUAUUGGUGGCCCUGCCUCUUUUGCAGUUUUCAAAGAGCAAUUUGGACAGAAUGCUAAGGUCUGGAAUCCUGAGAAAAUUGUCAUCAUACCUGAUCACUACAUAUUCACGGCUGAUGAACGAGCAAACCGUAAUGUGGAUGUAUUGAGAGACCUCUGCAAUGAGCAAAAUAUUAAGUAUUUCUAUGACAUUAAAGAACGUGGGAACUUCCGGGCUAAUCCAGAUUAUAAAGGCGUCUGCCAUGUUGCUCUUGCCCAAGAAGGUCACUGCAGACCCGGAGAGGUUCUGCUAGGCACAGACUCUCAUACAUGUACUGCCGGAGCUUUUGGGCAAUUUGCUACUGGAAUUGGCAAUACAGAUGCAGGUUUUGUGUUGGGUACUGGAAAGCUUUUGCUCAAGGUGCCUCCAACUCUGAGAUUUGUCAUGGAAGGCGAAAUGCCAAGUUACCUGCUAGCUAAGGAUUUGAUUUUGCAAAUUAUUGGUGAAAUUUCUGUGGCUGGUGCUACAUACAAAACAAUGGAGUUUGUUGGCAGCACAGUUGAAAGCUUCAGCAUGGAAGAAAGAAUGACGUUAUGCAACAUGGUUGUUGAAGCUGGUGGGAAGAAUGGUGUCAUUCCGGCCGAUAAAACAACUUAUGACUAUCUCAAGGACAAGACUUCUGUGCCUUAUGAACCUGUUUAUAGCGAUGAAGGAGCCAGAUUUCUUAAAGAGUACAAAAUUGAUGUCUCCAAGUUGGAACCUUUGGUGGCUAAGCCUCAUUCACCGGAUAAUCGUGCUUUCGCAAGAGAAUGUAAAGAUGUGAAAAUUGAUAGAGUAUAUAUUGGAUCUUGUACUGGUGGAAAAUUAGAGGACUUCAUGGCUGCAGCAACAGUGUUUCUAGCUUCUGGAAAGAAAGUAAAAGUUCCAACUUUCUUGGUUCCUGCUACUCAAAAGGUGUGGAUGGACAUAUAUAGUCUCCCAGUUCCAGGAUCUGGUGGCAAAACAUGUUCCCAGAUUUUUGAGGAAGUAGGUUGUGAAACACCUGCAAGUCCUAGUUGUGCGGCUUGUCUGGGCGGUCCUCAAGACACUUACGCACGCAUGAAUGAACCUAAGGUCUGCGUCUCGACCACAAACAGAAACUUCCCAGGUAGAAUGGGGCACAUUGAAGGUCAGAUUUAUCUUGCAUCCCCAUAUACAGCUGCAGCAUCAGCAUUAACUGGCAAAGUCACUGAUCCUAGAGAAUUUUUGCUGUGAAGUUCUUAAGAGUAACUUUUUCUCGGUUCGAGUUGGACAAUAUGUUGUGUACACUAGCAGAUAACAGAGCCUAAGCUGUUGUUCAUACCGUUGCAGUAUACUAAAAGAGGGCUGUUUUGUUCUACUUUCAUUUUUUUUUUUUUUGGUUAUUUUUACCUUUUUGGAACUUGAAUAAGGACUAAUAGUUUGUCUUCUUAGUUGUACUACUAAAUUCUGAUAGUCGAUGCAAUGAGAAUAACAAAAUUUCGAGGUA